UAUUUCUUCGACUACAGUACGAGUGACGUCGCUUGAUGGUGGUCUUAAUUUAGGUCUAGUAUAAAAGCUGAAAGCGAGUUUACAUUCCUUCUGUCAUUUCGCGCAGUUCGCCGAUAGGUGGUUAAAGUAGUGGUUUUGGUUAGUUCUUAAGUGACCAUGGCGCGAUUACAACACGCGCUCAUUUUCCUGUGUACGCUUUGUGCUUGUGCCGUAGCGCAACAGGCAACAAGCGAAGAAACACCAAAGAAAGAAGACAGCUUCGAAGCUGAACUGUGUAAAGACAAAGAUGCUGGAGAAUGGUUCAGGUUAGUCGCCGGGGAGGGGGAUAACUGUCGUGACGUUAUCCAAUGUACUUCAUCGGGUCUGCAAGCCAUCCGUUGUCCAGCCGGUCUCUAUUUCGAUAUAGAUAAACAAACUUGCGACUGGAAAGACUCAGUUAAAAACUGCAAACUAAAGAACAAAGAGCGUAAGGUAAAACCCUUAUUGAACACCGAUGAACCCCUGUGUCCUGAUGGUUCUUUAGCUUGUGGCGAUGGAAACUGCAUUGAAAGAGGUCUUUUCUGUAAUGGAGAAAAAGACUGCGCUGAUGGCUCCGAUGAAAACACUUGCGAUAUCGAUAAUGAUCCUAACCGGGCACCACCAUGUGACCCGACCGUCUGUAAUCUUCCCGACUGUUUCUGCUCCGAAGACGGUACCGCCAUUCCCGGAGAUCUUCCAGCCAAAGACGUGCCUCAAAUGAUCACCAUUACCUUUGACGAUGCCAUCAACAAUAACAACAUCGAGCUCUACAAGGAGAUAUUCAACGGCAAACGUAAGAAUCCCAAUGGUUGCGACAUCAAAGCCACCUUCUUUAUUUCCCACAAGUACACCAACUACUCGGCCGUACAGGAAAUGCAUCGUAAAGGUCACGAAAUCGCCGUCCAUUCGAUCACACAUAACGAUGACGAACGUUUCUGGUCAAACGCCACAGUAAACGAUUGGGUAAAAGAAAUGGGAGGUCAAAGAAUCAUCACCGAGAAGUUCGCAAACAUCACUGAUAACAGCGUGGUGGGUGUCCGUGCCCCUUAUUUGCGAGUGGGAGGCAAUAACCAGUUCACCAUGAUGGAAGAAGAAGCAUUUUUAUAUGACUCCAGUAUCACUGCUCCUUUAAAUAAUCCCCCACUAUGGCCUUACACCAUGUACUUCCGAAUGCCUCACAGAUGCCACGGAAACUUACAGAGCUGCCCGACAAGAUCCCACGCCGUAUGGGAAAUGGUUCUAAAUGAGCUGGACCGUAGAGAAGAUCCCACUAACGAUGAAUAUUUAGCUGGUUGUGGUAUGGUUGACUCAUGCUCCAACAUCUUAACCGGAGAUCAAUUCUACAACUUCUUGAACCAUAACUUCGAUAGGCAUUACGAAGAAAACCGCGCCCCACUUGGUUUGUACUUCCAUGCCGCCUGGUUGAGGAACAACCCAGAAUUCUUGGAUGCCUUCUUAUACUGGGUUGAUGAAGUCUUGGCCAACCAUAAUGACGUAUACUUCGUAACGAUGACGCAAGUCAUUCAAUGGAUUCAAAAUCCAAGAACCGUAACGGAAGUGAAGAACUUCGAACCUUGGAGGGAAAAGUGCGUUGUUGAUGGAAUUCCCGCCUGUUGGGUGCCACACACUUGCAAGUUGACCUCGAAGGAGGUUCCCGGAGAAACUAUUAAUCUGCAAACUUGCGUGAGGUGUCCAAAUAAUUACCCAUGGCUGAAUGACCCUACCGGUGACGGUAUCUUCUAAGAUAAAUAGUAAAGAAAAAGUGAUGCUUAAGAGACUUUUAAUUCUAGUACCUUGUCUGAAUCCAAGGAAUCUUCGUUACAUUUUUUUUAUAUUUAUUAUUAUGACUCUAUGGGACAUGCGUGAUCUAAUUGUUGAUUUAUUUUGUAAUAUCUGAAUAAGGUUAGACUGUUAAUAAAUCUCUUGAUAUAUCCUAUAGCUAGCUUACGUCGGCGUCGUGGCGACUUUCACAAUAACAUUAUGUAAUAUACACGAUUAAUAACAUAUUUAUAAUUUUAAAUUUUAGUAGUACGAUUAGACUCCUGUAAAUUAUACAAAUAUGUGAAAAAAUUCCUGAAUUUAAAUAAAUUUAUAAAAGUAA